CUAUACCUCUCUCUGUCUUGUUCUCUUCCCUCCUUCAACAUCUUUUCUAUCUUUCCUUAUUUCCUUCACUCCAUUUGCUUUCUAUCACAGCCAGAGGCAGAAAGUGUCUUCCCUAGAUGGCUCUCCACCUUCACCCCCUACCCAAGGUAGGCAGAGGGAAAAAGUCUCUCAAGCCCCUAAACUUUGCCAACUGACUUAGACUAUCCUGAGCCAGAUUUAUGAUAAUGCCUGGCUCCCCUGGCCUCCAAACACUAUUCCAGGCCAACCACAAUACAACUUGGAAAAACUGCCCAGACUAGAGCGGCUGGGGCAGCUUUAGUUCUGUCGGUCUCUCCGUCUGCCUCCUUUUCCCACUAUCCUGUGGAGAGAGACAGAAGCAGAGUCCCCAAGACCUGACAGCUCCUGGGUGGCUCUCGGGGUAUCAGGGAAGCUUUGCAGAUACCUUCACUCGUCACCAACCCCUCCUGGUCCUCCCUGUGAACACUCCACAUCUGUGCUUUACCGGAGGCCUGUCUGUCCCCUGGUGAGUCCUUUCUCCCACUUCUAGAUCCCCCCUCAAUCAGUCUCUGGGUCAGAGUCUGAGAGACCUCUCCCUUGGACCAGCCCAAAGCAUGAUAGUGUCCCAUGGACCAGGAGUGGAGGAGCAGAAAUCCCUCUGCUCCCUAACAAUCUCCCGGCUGAGAGAUGGGGGGUGGAGUGAGUCUGAGGAAGCAGCCAGGCUGGGCUGGGCUGGGCUGGGCUGGGCUGGGCUGGGCUGGGCUGACCCCUCCCCAGAGUGGGGCGGGACCCCAGGAGGAGAAAGGGAGUAGGGCCACUGGAGAGGACCAGACACUGGAGAGGCGAUAUGGCAGGAACCAGCCUAGGAGCCCGCUUCUACCGGCAGAUUAAGAGACAUCCUGGGCUCAUCCCGAUGAUUGGCUUCAUUGGCCUGGGCAUGGGCAGCGCUGCACUCUACUUGCUACGGCUCGCCUUGCGCAGCCCGGACGUCUGCUGGGACCGAAAGAACAACCCAGAGCCCUGGAACCGCCUGAGCCCCAAUGACCAAUACAAGUUCCUUGCAGUUUCCACUGACUAUAAGAAGCUGAAGAAGGACCGGCCAGACUUCUAAGCCUGGCAGUAGUGCACGUCCAUGUGAACCACCGGCCAGCCUACUCAUUUCUUCCACUCUCCACCCUCCACCCCAGGGCGCCACUCUAGCCACCCUGUCCAGCUCUUGCUUACACAGGCCGGGUUCCCACGAGGAGGGGAGGUAGCCCCACCCCCAGCCUCUUCCCUCACUCCCAGCAGCGGAAGCGCCUCUGACCCUCAGCUUGAGUCUCACGAGGGGGAGGGGGAGCUAGGAGGGCAGGCAGCAUCCUGGUUGACCUAAAAGGGCCAUGUCAGCCCCUCUGCCCCGCUACCCGGGCCUCACAGGGUGUGGUGCGUAUGCUACGUGUUGAGCGUGGCCUACGUGAGCCAAGAGCAAGCAGGGGCCUCUGAUUGCCAAGUGACGUGGCAGGCCCCAUGUUAGCCCAGGCUCCAGGCGCCAGCCCAGGGGCGGUGCUGCCCUGACUCGACUGGGCUCGACUGGGCUCGCCCCUGACAGCCCAGCCAGCUUGUGAGGAUGCACCUACGCCCCUCUGCGCAGCUCGCUCCUCCUGGUGCCCAAGCCUGCUGCCUCUCGUGCCAAUGGGCACCCCCUCCUGCCUCACACCUGGGCCUCUCCCUGCCUUCCCCACCCCUCCCUUGCUCCCCUCUGUCCCCAGGGAUCAAACAGAAGCAGCCGUGGGCAAAAUACAAUUUCAUUUAACAAA